CGGGCCGGGCGGCCUUAUCACCGGCGGCCGCACACAGUCGCUACGCGCGCGCCGCGUCGCACGUCUCGCGAUCCGCGCCUCUGCUCCCGCAAUCCACUCAGUGACUUGUGACCAACUGAUCAGUGAAACUGGAACUUGUGUGUACACGUGCCGCGCACUGCGCAUCCGAGCUAUAUUUUUAUUGGUCGGAGUCCUCCAUUCACGAGCCGCUUAUAAUAUUACAAUAACGGCUGGCUUGUCAAAAAUUGUAAACACAGCACACGUGCCCCCGCCGGCUCGCAACAGCCGCGACGCCGCCAUGGCGACCAAGGGCAAGCGUCCAAUGCGAGCGCUAACUCCCAGCGACAAGAUCGAGGCUAUACAACGCGUAAAUGAUGGAGAAUCGAAGGCUUCGGUAGCUCGCGAUAUCGGAGUACCCGAGUCUACACUACGCGGUUGGUGCAAGAAUGAAGACAAACUGCGAUACAUGACCUCUCGGCUAUCUUCACCCGAUACCGACAAAAGCAACGAUGGUGAACCACCUGAUAAGCGCGCGCGAACAGAGUCCCCUGCCGCCCCACCGUCUCCUGCGGCUACUGGACUUGAUCUAUCCACGCCUGUCAGCUCUGUACCCAUCGUGCAACAGCCAACCCCAUCUCUUGACGCUCCUGUUGAACUCACCACUAAACGUGCUGUUCCAUCUCCGACAUCGCAUAUACCUCGCGAACGUCGACCAGACCCUGGAGCCAGCGUCUCCAUGAGUGCCAUCAGUCCACUGUCGGGUUUGCCCCAUCUGCCGGGUCUCACACACUCUCACCUCGGACUGAGCUUCAACGAAAUAGCCACGAAUCUAACGUUACUCGCUCAACUAAACCCGGGAUUAUCGGCGUUGUCUGCUCAGCCUGCUAGUCGUGCACUGCGCUCUGUUCGAUCUCCUAAGCCUGCACAUAACGGAGUACUCAACAUGAAUGAUGGUAAACACCAUCAUCGUACCAAGACUCAUCAUCACCAUUCAGAUCCGUAUCGCACAAGCUUGUCAAAAUCCAGUCAUCAUAGUACGUCGCAUUCAUCUAUAGCUAACCAGCCAGUAGACGACACUCUCUGGUAUUGGUUAAAAACACAACAAGCAAUGAUGGACCUCACCGCUCAAACCACAACAGCGCAUUCAUUGCAGCUUGGAAAACCGAGUGAGCCACCUAUUCCGCCUAAGCCUAUAGCCCCAGCGGCACCGAUCAAUUCUCACUUAGAUUACAACAGAAACUCUUGGCUCUGGCAGUACUAUAAACAGUUUGGUGGAGCCAUGCCUUUACCUGAAGAUAAGCACAAACCUGCCUCUCAGGUACCAAAGGAUAAAGCAGCCGAAAAUAUCCUGUACUCCCAUUUAACAAAAGGUAAAACUGAAGAAGACCGAGGAGUAAUAACGAGUUCUGGACAAACACAGCCGCAUAACGAUACAGAACCACGCCGCACUCCCAGCGUGGAGCCACGCGUAGCCGAACCGGCUGCUAGUCCAGAAAUAGGUACCGAAAAUAAAGAACCUGAAAGAGUCCACGAGUCAAGCCGGAGCCAGACUAAAGCCCGCACGGUCCUCGAUAACUUGUUGUUCAACAACAGCAACCAGUCAGCGAGUGCCGAGACUCGCUCAGUAUCACCAGCAAGUGGUGAGUGGGAGUCUGGUGCAGCUGAGGCUCUAGAGCACGGCGACAAGUUCCUGGCGUGGCUCGAGGCGAGCGGGGAUCCCAGCGUGACACGCAUGCACGUGCAUCAGCUGCGCGCCCUGCUGCACAACUUGCGCGCGCGCCGCGCCCCAGCGCCCGCGCACCCAGCGCAUCCCGCUGACCAUGCCGCCCGCCGCAAGUAGACGCCCCGAGGACUUUCGCUCGCUACAGGGAAUAUUUCAAUUAUGUACAUAGUUACGUUGUCGCCAGUAAGCGUUCACUUGUGAUAUGUGUAGCCAAAUUUGCGUAAUUUCUUUGUUCUAAAAGAAAAGCUAUGCAUUAUUCUUUAGUUCGUAAGUCUUUAACUCGAAGUACGCGGACCGACAGAGGACCAGCGCAAACAUGUCCUCUGUCGGCCCGUUUGGCUCGGGACUAUUUGUUUCUGAAUCUAUAUGAAACUUGAUGGAUAGUUAUCCUGUUGUAAUUUAAAUGUUAUGUAUCUGCGUUGUCACUUACCGUUGCACACAAAAUACUUGACUUGUUAAAUAAAUAUUUAGUCUAGAUAGUACCGCUGUAUGUUGCCAUUUGACGAUUACAUUCCUAGUUGUACCCUUACUAUAGUUUAUAGUUGAAUCCCUAUGUUCUACCUCAAGUCAAACUAAUACUAAGUCACGCACGGCGUCCUUUCAACCGUUCACUAAGUAGCGUGUAGCGAGAGUGGCGCGUGUGUGGCGUGGCCGAGCCGCGGCGCGUGGCGACACCUCCCGGCCGAUACCAAAUAUUGAAAGGAUGCGAAUGUAUUGUUGUGCCAAUCGUAAGAACAAGGUAAUAUUGUUAAGAUAUAGAUGACUCUAUUGCGUUAGCUAGGCACUCGUUGUGUAAUUGUUUUCUAUUGCUCAGUAUUUUAUAUAAUUAUGUAUAUGGUAGACGUCCGACCGUCGACGUGUCUACUCGAAAUUGUAUUAUACGUUAAAGUUUAACAGUUAAGGACACUGUGAUCAAAAUUAUAAAUUAUUGAGAGAUUAUUAUUAUUGUAAGUACAUUCCUAAUUAUUAGAGUGUAUUAUCUUAAUGUUAUACAUGUAAGAGAUUGUCCAAUGGUGUGAGUUGCGGUGACAUCCACCGUGACGAUUCUAUUAGAGAAAAAUGUUCAAAGAUCGUGUCUCCUUCCCAUAAAAUAGAUCUAUUAAUUUGCAUUUCACGUUAAUAUUAGCUCACUGGAAAAAUAUUUGAGAGAUGAUAUUUUGUACAAAAUUGAAAAUUGGAUUAUAAAUUCUCUUAUCACGACUUGUGAUCUCGAAAUGUUAUAUGAUUAAACUCGAUUGAACCUUUAA